AGUCGGACUCGAACCCCCACGACUCUUCGAUCCUCAAAAGGAAAUCGCUAAAGCGGGUCCACUCUCUUUCUCCCUGAUCGAAAGUCUCUCUCUUCUCUCUCUCCAAGAUCAAGAACGAGAGUGGGCGAAGGGAAUGGCUCUCGUGGAGGACUCGAAGAGAGCGAGGAUGCACGACAUUACUUUGGCUUCGAGAAAAGCUGAAGAAGCAGCUUGGAGACGGUAUCAGGCCGCCGAGUGGCUCGAAGGUCUCGUGGGUCCGCUCGGAUUGCCACGUCAGCCAUCGGAGAGGGAGUUCAUAUCUUGUUUGAGGAAUGGCCAAUUUUUGUGCAAUGCCAUCAAUAGAAUUCAGCCUGGAGCUGUUCCCAAGGUGGUGGAGAAUAUCUCUCCUCAGCUAUCUUACACAGGCGAAACCCAACCAUUGACCGCUUACCAGUACUUUGAGAAUGUCCGGAACUUUCUCGUGGCGGUUGAAGAUUUAAAGCUCCCGGCAUUUGAAGCUUCGGAUCUUGAAAGGGACACUUUGGAUGCAGGAUCAGCGGGUAAGGUCGUCGAUUGCAUUUUGGGCCUCAAAGCUUACCACGAGUGGAAGCAAAUGAAUAGCGGUGAUGGACUUCAUAAACAUAUGAGAUCUCCUCUGGUCAUGCAUUCUGCUAAUAGGAUGAAUGCUAGAUCCACAGCUGCGACUCCAUUGGACUCUCGCAGACAAUUGUUCGAUGCAUCCUGCGCAAAUGAAAGAGAGCCCCCUAUUGGAGAAAGUGGAAGUUUUGAAGGAUCAAUAGUCAAGUUAUUCACUGACUAUAUGGUUGAGGCGAAGGAAAACGUUGACAGGAACCUUUUUGCCACCAUUGCUAAUGGUACACAGGAUUCAGUCAAGCUCUUCAUGAAAAUAAUCUCACGUUAUUUGGAGGAGCAACCUCAAGGCAAGCACCCUGAGCUGGAUUUAGUUUUUGGAGAUUUACUAAAAGAAAGAGGCAGGUUGCUUUCAACAUCCUCACCCCUGGAGGAUUUGUCCACUCGAGGAUCCAAGUGCUGCAGAACCUGCUCGAAAGAGGGUAACUGCGAUCAUCGAAAUGUAUUUGAGAUGCAAGAGAAAGAACUUUUGGAUCUUAAAACUUUGUUGGUGAAGACAAAAAGGGAGUUUGAAGAUCUGCAGUCCCAGUUUCAGAGAGAUCUAAAACAGCUAGGCAAUCAAGUCCAGGAGAUGUCUACUGCUGCCCUUGGAUAUCAUAAAGUGGUGAAGGAAAAUCGAAACCUUUACAACAUGGUUCAGGAUUUAAAAGGAAAUAUACGAGUAUACUGCAGAAUUAGACCCAUUUUUAAUGCCGGAGCCAAAGAUGUGGUAGAUUUUAUUGGAGAAGAUGGUUCACUUGUGAUUGUUGACCCUUCAAAACCCCAUAGAGAUGGAAGGAAAGUGUUUCGGUUUAAUCGGGUUUUCGGUCCACUUGCUACUCAAGAUGAUGUGUACAUGGAUACUCAACCUUUGAUUAGAUCAGUUAUGGAUGGUUACAACGUCUGCAUUUUUGCUUAUGGUCAAACUGGAUCGGGUAAAACACAUACAAUGAGUGGUAUAUCAGGCGAACUGACAAAGGACAUGGGGAUUAAUUACUCGGCUCUCAACGAUCUCUUCGAGUUGUCUAACAGAAGGAAGGACAAUAUAACUUAUGAUAUUCACGUUCAGAUGGUUGAAAUAUAUAAUGAGCAAGUGCGUGAUCUCCUUGCUGGGGAUUCAGCAGCCUCAAGAUUAGAGAUUCGAAGCUGUACCAGUGACGGUGGCUUGAGCCUUCCAGAUGCUACCAUGCAUUCUGUCAAGUCCACAGCUGAUGUGGUCAACCUAAUGAAACUUGGUGAUAUGAAUCGUGUCGUCAGUUCUACAGCACUGAAUAAUAGAAGUAGCCGGUCUCACAGUGUGCUAACAGUACAUGUUCAAGGGAAAGAUGUAUCUGGAUCCAUCCUCCGCAGUUGCCUGCAUUUGGUUGAUCUUGCAGGAAGUGAACGGGUAGAUAAAUCUGAAGUCACAGGAGAGAGACUGAAGGAGGCACAGUACAUUAACCGGUCUUUGUCUUGUCUGGGAGAUGUUAUCACAGCUUUGGCCCAGAAAAACUCCCAUGUACCUUACCGCAAUAGCAAACUUACGCUUCUGCUGCAAGAUUCCCUAGGAGGAAAUGCGAAAACAUUGAUGCUGGCUCAUGUGAACCCUGAGAGAGAUUCAUUUGGGGAAUCAAUGAGUACCUUGAAGUUUGCCCAGAGAGUUUCAACGGUUGAACUUGGUGCUGCACGCUUGAACAAAGAGACCAGUGAGGUCAUGCAACUCAAAGAACAGGUUGAAAAUCUUAAAAAGGCACUGGCGAGCAAGGAAAUGCAAAGCAUGCAGUUCAGUCGAACAAAGGAACCCAAGUCUCCAAAUGGACCAAAAGCAGUAAACGAACGCACACCUCCACGUUUGAGGAGAUUAAGCAUUGAAAACAGUACGCCAACAAUCAAAACUGGGAGAACGAUGAAUGUUGCUGAGAUGAAGGCAAGAAAAACUCCUGCAUCUACUCGCACACGAAGAUUGAGUUUGGAAGGCCCAAGAACCGCCAAAAAUAAUAAUCUGCAUAUCAAAGUACAAGAGGAAUUGAAGCCCCCACCAUUUGAGCCAGAAUCGAAUCUGAAAUAUGGGCUGUUUCAAGAUUCAGAAAUCUCCCGGUCAUGUCAAAGUCUGAACCAUCAGGUUUCUGUGACCGAUAAGCACCUUCAAAAGGCCACUAGGAGCCCAACUAAUUACUUCGAUCUGCAGAUUCCCCCUCUUGAGCUGCCAAAGACUCCUAGUCCUGAACCAGUCUUAGCUAGCAAAAAUGAGAUCCAGAUUGUGAUGCAAGGAGAGCGCACUCUUCGUGCUGAUCCUCGAACGCCCAACUUGCUGAUUCAAAGCAUGAAUGGCAAGGAAUCUCACAUAAGGAAAUCGCUGCGCACCAUAGGGAAGCUCAUCAAUGGAUCCGAAAAGAGGAACCAAAGAAAUGUGACAGAAGCUCGUUCACCUGUCAGAGGCUCUACUACUUGCGUUAAAAAUGGAGUAUCGGCAAUUGCAGCUAACACACGGACACUUAGGAGACAAUCACUAACAGGUGCUGGUUCAGACCAGUCUCGCCAGUCUUCUCUGGGUGGCAAGUCCACUAAUUCCAAUGUAAAAGACACAAGGAAUGCCAAGACGCCUCCUCCAGUCCACCCCCCAUCAUCUACGAUAGCAAAGCGUUGGCUGUAGCUAUAGAUGGCAAAAUUUAGUGUUCAAUGACCAGCGAAGUGAUGCUUUGACUCGAAGCUGAGUGAAGUUUUGACAUGGGAAAGACUGAAGAGUUAGCUGACAAACGCAAUAGGAAUUUUUUGGUUUAACACACUGCUUAUGUACAUAUUGCUUAUGUACAUAUUGACACAAGUUCUUCAAAUAAUGCCCGAAAUUCUAUGCCAAUGUUUUCAAA